UAUGAAUUAACCUUAUCUUCAUCCAGCCAAUCAAAUUAUUCAGGAUUCAGCUCCCAAAGAAACUCUUUAUGUAACUGGAUUGAAUGAUAAAAUUAAACUAGAGGACUUGAAAUUUGUGUUGUACAUACUCUUUUCAUAAUUCGGAGAAGUCCUUUAAAUGGUCAUGAAGAAAACACAGAAAUUAAGAGGGUAAGCCUUUAUAGUAUUUUAAAACAUUACUUAUGCUACUAAUGCUAAAGCAGCUUUAUCAGGUAUGAUUGUUUAUGAUAAACCAUUGGUAUCAUCUAUUCCUGAUAUUUUAGAUUAUUGAAUUUGCGUACAAGAAAAGUGUUAUUUUCGAUAGGAUUGAGGGCAAAUUUUAUUAUAAGCAAAAGCAACACAAGGAAUUGUAACCCACUUUGCCAAAUGAAUUGAUAAAAGAAAAGAAACAGAAAAAGUUUGAAGAGAAAAUACAAAAUAGUGGCAAUUUAAAUUAGGGAGAAAUCAAUAAUGUCUUGUUGAUAGAAUCAUUGCCUCCCUUUGUUACAGAGAUCAUGUUAUCCGAGCUAUUUAGGUAAUACCCUGGUUAUUCACUCAUUAAGUUGAUACCUGCUAGAGGCUUGGCAUUUGUUGAAUAUUAGAAUGAUGAUCAAGCCACAGUUGCAUUAAAGGGUUUGAGUAACUUCAAAAUCACUCCUGAGUGUCAAUUAAAAGUAAAAUAUGCCAAAAAGUGAAGAGUAU